AAUCAGUGAUGGAUCUUUUCUUCCUGUCUUGCAGAUGAGUAACUCAAAGCCCCAGGAGGAGACGUCACCCACGCAAGGGUGUUUCUAGCCCAGCCAGCUUCAGACCAGGUGCCUGUGAGAGCCCAGGCCAACCGCCUGCUGCACACUUGUCGUGCUGGGGCUCUGGAACCAUGUUUGGAAAGAAGAAGAAGCGGGUGGAGAUUUCGGCCCCAUCCAACUUUGAGCAUCGUGUGCACACGGGCUUCGACCAGCACGAGCAGAAGUUCACAGGGCUGCCCCGCCAGUGGCAGAGCCUGAUUGAAGAGUCAGCACGCCGACCCAAGCCCCUUAUCGACCCUGCCUGCAUCACCUCCAUCCAGCCUGGAGCCUCCAAGACCAUCGUGCGGGGCAGCAAAGGUGUCAAGGAUGGGGCCCUCACGCUGCUGCUGGACGAGUUUGAGAACAUGUCGGUCACGCGCUCCAACUCCCUGCGCAGAGACAGCCCUCCACCACCUGCCCGUGCCCACCAGGAGAACGGAAUGCUGGAGGAGCGGGCAGCCCUGGCCAGAACGCCCCCUGACAAGACUGGAGGCAAAGGCCGGGCCACAGGCCACAGCGAGGCAGGCGGUGGUGACAGACGGCGGGUGGGGCCCGAGAAGAGGCCCAAGGCUUCCAGGGAGGGCCCUGGAGGGCCCCAGGAGGCCUCCCGAGAUAAGCGCCCCCUCUCUGGGCCUGAUGUUAGCACUCCCCAGCCUGCCAAUCUGGCCAGUGGGGCAAAACUAGCAGCUGGCAGACCCUUUAACACAUACCCACGGGCUGACUCGGACCACCCACCCCGAGGUGCCCAGGGGGAGCCACACAGUGUGGCCCCUAAUGGGCCAUCAGCCACGGGCCUGGCUGCCCCUCAGUCUUCAUCUUCCUCCCGGCCUCCCACCCGAGCCCAUGGUGCUCCCAGCCCAGGAGUGCUGGGCCCCCACGCCUCUGAGCCCCAGCUGGCCCCCCCAGCACGUGCUCUUGUGGCACCCCCUGUCCCUGGGCCCCCUGGGCCUCGCUCACCACAGCGGGAGCCCCAGAGAGUGUCCCACGAGCAGUUCCGGGCUGCUCUGCAGCUGGUAGUAGACCCAGGGGACCCCCGUUGCAAUCUAGAUAACUUCAUCAAGAUUGGCGAGGGCUCUACUGGUAUCGUGUGCAUAGCCACUGUGCGCAGCUCAGGCAAACUGGUGGCCGUCAAGAAGAUGGACCUGCGCAAACAGCAAAGACGGGAGCUGCUCUUCAACGAGGUGGUGAUCAUGCGGGACUACCGGCAUGAGAACGUGGUGGAGAUGUACAACAGCUACCUGGUGGGUGACGAGCUCUGGGUGGUCAUGGAGUUCCUGGAGGGAGGCGCCCUCACCGAUAUCGUCACCCACACCAGGAUGAACGAGGAACAGAUUGCUGCUGUGUGCCUGGCGGUGCUCCAAGCGCUGUCUGUGCUCCACGCCCAGGGCGUCAUUCACCGAGACAUCAAGAGUGACUCCAUCUUGCUGACCCAUGAUGGCCGGGUGAAGCUGUCCGACUUCGGGUUCUGUGCCCAGGUGAGCAAGGAGGUGCCAAGGAGGAAGUCGUUGGUGGGCACUCCCUACUGGAUGGCCCCAGAGCUGAUCUCCCGCCUGCCCUACGGGCCAGAGGUGGACAUCUGGUCAUUGGGGGUGAUGGUGAUCGAGAUGGUGGAUGGAGAACCCCCCUACUUCAACGAGCCACCCCUCAAAGCCAUGAAGAUGAUUCGGGACAACUUGCCACCCCGACUAAAGAACCUGCACAAGGCAUCACCAUCUCUGAAAGGCUUCCUGGACCGCCUGCUGGUGCGAGACCCAGCCCAGCGGGCUACUGCUGCUGAGCUCCUGAAGCACCCGUUUCUCACCAAGGCAGGGCCACCGGCCAGCAUCGUACCCCUCAUGCGCCAGCACCGGACCAGAUGAGCUGGAGCCUGGUUCUAAACCAAAGAGCCCUGGGCCACCCUGCCCAGCACAGGCCAGUAGGGGGCCGACCCACUCCCACAGCCUUCGAGACACUGGGGAAACCACCAUUACUGUGCCGGGGGCUUCCUGGGACCCAGCUACUGAACUCCGGUUUUG